UUUCAGGUUGUCAAAACUGCAAAAUAAUAUUUAAUCCAAAAAAGGAAAAAAAAAAAAAAAAAAAAAAAGAAAAGGAAAAAAGGGUAGCAAAGCCACAUUCGGACAAUUGUACUCGCAAGACUUCUCGGGGAGCAUUCAAAAUUGUGAUAGAAAGGGGUGAUGGAAGUGGAAGCAAUGGCAGAAUUGACGUGGAAUAACAACCAAACGACGGUGUUAAUGGGACUCAGUAUUCUCGUCGCUAUCAUUUUAUUUCGUCUUGUAAUGAAAAGAGUGACCAACAACACCGGCGGAGUAAAGGGCCGUCGAAAUCCAAAACCACCAAUGGUAGGCGGCGGAUGGCCUCUGAUCAGACACCUCCCUCUGUUCGGAGGACCCGAACCACCCCAUUUAAAAUUGAGUGCUUUAGCCGAUAAAUACGGACCAAUCUUCUCCAUCCAACUGGGUACCCACUCAGCCGUGGUGAUAAACAAUUGGGAAGCCGCAAAACAGUGCUUCACCACCCACGAUAUCGCCGUCUUUCCUCGCCCCAAAUUACUCAGCGGAAAAUUGAUGGGUUACAACUAUGCCAUGUUCAUUUUCAGCCCUUACUACAACUCCUACUGGCGCAAAAUGCGUAAAAUUACCACACUCGAUCUUCUAUCCAAUCGAAGGCUAAAGUUGUUAAGACAAGUUCGAGAAUCAGAAGUGAACCGAGCCAUAAAGGAGCUGUAUCAAUUAGGUGGGCGUGUGGAAAUGAAGCAAUGGUUUGGGGAUUUGAUUAUGAAUUUGGUUUUAUUAAUUGUGGGUGGGAAAAGGUAUUUUGGAGCGGGGGCAAUGGUGGAAGAGGAAGAGGCGCAACGGUGCCAAAAAGCAAUGGAGGAGUCUUUGCGUUUGUUGGGGAUGUAUGUGUUGGGGGAUGCUAUUCCUUAUUUGGGAUGGUUGGAUGUUGGGGGACAUGUGAAGGCAAUGAAGAGAACUUUUAAGGUAUUGGAUGGCAUGUUGACACAAUGGUUGGAGGAGCACAAGAAGAACAGAGCUGGAAAGAAUAAUGGGGAUUUCAUGGAUGUGAUGCUUUCUGUUCUUGAGGAAACUGACAAUGAUAUACUUCAUGGCUUCCAUCGUGAUACUGUUAUCAAAGCUACAUGUUUGACGAUGGUAUUGGGAGCGAGUGAGACAAGCAUAGUGGCAGUGGUAUGGGCACUAUCCCUACUGCUAAAUAAUCGCGAUACAUUGAGAAAAGUGCAAGAAGAACUAGACACCCAUAUCGGCCGAGAUGCAAAGCUACAAGAAUCAGACAUGGAGAAGCUGGUUUAUUUGGAGGCUGUUGUAAAAGAAGCAAUGCGACUAUUUGGAGCCGGAAGCCUUAUUUCUCGAGAAGCCGCAGAGGACAUUGAUGUCGAUGGGUUUCAUAUCAAGAAAGGAACAUGGUUGUUUAUCAACUUGUGGAAGAUCCACCGAGACGAGAGGGUAUGGGAUGAGCCGUUGAAGUUUAAACCAGAGAGAUUUUUGACAACCCACAAGAAUUUUGAUGUGAAGGGUGGGCAGCAAUUUGAGCUAAUUCCUUUCGGUGGAGGGAGAAGGAUUUGUCCUGGAUUGUGGUUUGGGCUUCAACUGGUAGAGUUUGUUUUGGGUGGGUUGCUUCAUGCUUUUGAUAUUUGGACGCCGGAAGAUGCCGCCGUUGAUAUGACCGGAACUAUUGGAAUGACCAACAUGAAAGCUACCCCUUUGGAAGUUUUCAUCAAACCACGUUUGUCCCCAAUGCUUUAUGAGUCAACUUCUCCGUACUAAGAUUCCUUUAGUAAUCAUUCAGUUUUUUAUUUUUAUUUUUAAUUUUUGAAAUUUAUUCCUAUUUCAUAUCAAUUUCUUAUUCUAGUUAAAUUAAAUAUAUAUAUAUAUAUAUAUAUAUAUAUAUUUGCUUCUUUUAGUUUUUUUAAAAAAAGACUUUAGAUAAUAAAGUAAGGAAUUUAGAACAGGAAGAAGUGUUUAUAUGCUUAAUUUUCAAAAACUAAAAACCAAAAACCAAAGCGUUGUUUGGUACCAUUUUAAUUUUUAAAAAUUAAGUUUAUAAACAUCUUGCCACUAGAUUUCUUAUUUUGCUAUC